ACCAUGGAUCCCGAUCUCUGUAAAGCUUUGUAUAAGGCUGCAACAGAAGGUGAUCACUCAACUUUGCGCUCGAAAUUAUUAGAGGCAGCAAAGGAUGGAGGGUUGGUUUACCAUAACAAGAACACUCUACUCCACAUCGCUGCCAACUACGACAACGUUGAAGUUGUGAAAGUAAUCCGCGAAAAGUUAUCAACAACUCCACUAAGAAGCAUGAACUACAGAAAAGACACUGCACUCCACAUUGCUGCACGCCAUAAUAAUCUCAACGUGGUUAAUUAUCUGUUGGAUUGGGCUAACGAAGUAGACGAAGAAGAGAAUCAGUCAGAGCGACAUAAAAUAGUGAAGAAAAAGAACAGAGAUGGGAACACAGCGUUGCAUGAAGCUGUUCUUGGGCGUCACCAUAGGGUGAUUGAGGUGUUGAUGGAGUCGGUCAAAGAGCUCAUCUUCAUUAAGAAUAGGCGCAAGGAAUCACCACUUUAUUUGGCUGCUGAUCGCGGAUUGUUGGAUGUGCUGGUGAAAAUGUUAAAAGUUGCACUGGAAGAUCCAGAUUUCAAGGACAAGAAAGAUUAUAUUAUCUACGAUGGGCCAAACGGUAGAACUCCUUUGCACGCGGUCAUUGCCAGGAAGCACAAAUCAUGCAUCAACAUUUUACUGGACAAAAAGGAGCUCAUUAGUAGAGCAGAUGCAGAUGGAAGAAAUCCUCUUCAUCAUGCAGCAUCAUAUGGCCAUUAUGAGGAAACUUGUUGCUUAUUACGGAUCAAAGAGGCUUCUUUUGCUCACCAAAUGGACAACAAUGGCCUCUAUCCCAUACACAUAGCAGCCAAUGAAGGCCAUGUUGACAUAGUUAAUGCUAUGGUAGAAUUUUUGCCAGAGACUAUAGACUCGGUAAACGAACAAGAUGAGAAUGUUGUUCACUUGGCUGCUAAAUUUGGGAGAUCGAAAUUAGUAAGUUACAUGCUUAAGCAGAAAUCUAGGUUUGACAAGCUUUUUAACGGGAAGGAUAUUAAUGGAAACACACCAUUACAUUUGGCCACUGUGAACUCGCAUCCCAAGGUUGUGAGCAUUCUCACGCAGGACAGAAAUGUAGACAUGACUAUCAUGAACGAUGAAGGCUUGACAGCCCUAGGCAUUGCAGAGAAGGAGCAAAUGAAUGAGAUCUCACUGCCAAAGGUUCUUACCCUAACAGCCUUAAGAAUUAAUGGUGCAUCAUCUGGUCCACCUUCUCCAAUUAUUGAGGAAAAUAAGCAAAAAGAUAUUGGACCAUCUACUCGAAAUUCACCAAAUAAUAAGGACAAUACCUCAAAAGAUGAUCAAAAAACAGAAAAUCACAAAGACAAGUUCAAACAGAGGUUCAAUACUCUGGCACUUGUAGCAACGCUGAUCAUGACGGUCUCCUUCACCGCCGGAUUCACAGUCCCUGGAGGUUACAACGCUGAUGGCCCGUACAAAGGCAUGGCUGUGUUGUUAAGGAAGCCUACAUUUAUUGUUUUCGUGAUCUGCAAUACCAUGGCUUUGUAUCUGUCUAUCGUGGUUGUGGUGAACAACAUCUUGGCACAGUGGGUUGACAACCGCUUGUUGAUUAUUGCAGUUGACUUAAGCUCACCAUUGUUGGGUAUAGCUCUCAUUUUGAUGGCUAUAGCAUUUGCAGCAGGUUUGUACUCUGUGAUACUUAAGCUUCAAUGGCUUGCAUUCUUGGUGUUGGUCAUUGGAGCCAUCUUUCUUUGCUAUAUCGUGGAUCUCCUUGUCCUAUUCAAUAUCCAAAAAAUGUCCAAGGAUCUUGUUCUGCGAGCAGCCGUCAAAUGGAGCUUCAAUCUCUUGAUCUGGGCAUUUGAUAGAUUCUUUGACAACAGGACUGCUCACUAGCAUUGGUGUUAUGGGUAUUUGGUGUUCACGAGCUUCAAUCUUUUGAUCUGGCAUCAUCUUCGGAUCUUCCGCUUUUUUCUCCCACCAUAAUUUUAAUGUAUCAUAUCUUUUUUUUCAUGUUUUGACUUCGCUACCCCCGUUUUUUCUGUAUCAUUAGUUUGGUUUUAUUUUGUUUCUUCCCUUCCCCCUUUUCUUGUUCCCCUUUCUUCUUUUGCUUGUUUCUACCCCUCCUAUCUGUUUUUUCUUUUUCUUUUUUUUUAUUGGAUUGUCCCUUUCUCAGGGUAGGCUUAGUAAGUCCCUCUCUUUUCCGAUUGGUUUUCUGGAUAUAUAGGGUCUUUGCCCCUUGCUUAGCUGGUUUGGCUUGCUCUGUUGUAUCUGUUCUUGUUUUCUGUUUUAAAAUAUUUAAAAUAUUUU